CUCGAGCGAAACGAUGAAGCUCCUCCGCAUGUCGGCGUGGAUGUCACGCCGGCUCAAGGAGAAGAGCACAAUAACAUUUGCCUUCAGCUGAACAAGCAGCUACAGCUCUAUUGCCCGACUCAUGAGUCAGAACGAUAGCUUCGCACAGAGCACAGUACCGCGCGAGCUCCGAUGCACCUACCGCAGCAAGCCGUGCCCAAACGAGCGAGCUCGCAAGCGCAACGGCACACAGCACAAGCUGUGCCAGUCCCAUCGACUCAAGGCCAACAAGACCCAGCGUGAUAUGCAGCGUCGUCUGCGAGAGCAGCGCAGACAACAGCAGCUCGACCGACAGCUCGCAGCCAUGCAGGUCAACACCGAUGAUUUCCAAGCUAUGGUCGACGAGUUUUUGAAGGCAGAUAUCCCCUUGGAGCUCGACACAGAUGACGAUCUUGAUAUGUGGGAUGUACCUGAGCCGCUAGAGGAACCGACCGACCUAAAUCCUGAAGAUAUUGAGCUAUUGAUUGCGUUAUUGGGCACAAGUCGUACUGCGUAA